AUGGGGGGCUUCUACAUGCAGUACUUGGAAAGUCUUUGCCGACGCCGUGGGUGGCAGGAUCCCACAUACGAGUGCUACCGCGACACCAGUGGCUAUACCUGCCUGGUCCUCGUGAACGGCCGCGAGUACCAGACCGAUCUUGCAUAUGAAUCCAACACCCUCGCCCAGGAGAAUGCGGCCAUGCGCGCGUUUAUGGUCUGCAGGAACUUCUCCGUUAAUGGUGGCAUGCUAGCCAGGAACGGGAUCGUCCAGGGAUUGCCUGCAGAUGAGACCAGCCGCAGGCACCGGAAGAGCAGUAGACACCAUGGAUCACCUCCCAGUCACGGACAUGGCCACCACAGCCGUCGCUCUGGACACCAUUCGAGCAGCAGUUCGAUUGCCUCCUCGGAGUGA